CAAGAAAAAGGAAGAAGAUGGGGAACUGUAAUUGCAGAAUAACUAGAGAAGAGAUGGUAUCAAGAUGCAAAGCGAGAAAGAGAUACAUGAAACAGCUUGUUGAAGCAAGACAAUCUUAUUCCACUUCUCAUUCUAUCUACAUUCGAUCUCUCCGAAAUACAGGCUCAGCUCUACUUCAAUUCGCCACAACCGAAAUCAAUCACCAUCUUCCGCCACCACCACCAAAUAAUCCAACCUCUCCGCCUCCGCCGCCGCCGCCGAUGAGUCCGAUCGUCACUCCUUCAUCAACAUGGACAAUACCCACCGUCCUCCCGCCGCCUCCGCCUCAACCGGCGGUUGUUUCCGGUUGGGAUUUCUGGGAUCAAUUUAUCAUGCCGCCAUCUUCGUCUAGAUCGGAAACAGAGGAGGAAUGGGAAAUGUCGACCACAACUACCGGAUCGGAGACGACCGUUGCUGCGCCGCCGACCGGCGAGCUAGCUGUGGUGGUGGUGUCUUGUAAAAGGAAUGAGCUUUUCGAAAUAAUGAAAGAGCUAGAUGAAUGCUUUAUUAAUGCAGCCAAUGCCGGAGCCUCUCUUUCUUCUCUCUUGGAGGUCUCGUAUUGUAAUUUCCACCCUUCACCAGCCUCUGGCAAGAAUAUUUAUGGGCAUGAAAAGGGUUCAAGUAGUCCAAUAUGGCCAUGGGGAUCUUGUCGAAAAACAGAUGAUUCAAUAUUGAAUAUCUUUGAAAGAAAUCAAGGUGAAGAAGAAGGUUGUGUUGGCGUUGGAAGUCACUCAUCCACGGUGGAGAAACUCUAUGUUUGGGAGAAGAAAUUAUACUCAGAAGUCAAGAAUUCGGAGACUUUGAAAGGUGAGCUUGAAAAGAAGACGGCACAACUCAAGAAAUUGGAGAUAAAUAGGGCGGAACAUGUAAAGACCAAGAAAAUAAGGAAUGAGGUUGAAAAGCUUGAAUCAAUAUUGAUGGUUUCCUCUCAAUCCAUCGAAACCAUUUCUUCUGAAAUCAUCAAAUUGAGAGAAACAAAUCUCUACCCACAACUUGUUGAGCUUGUUAAAAGAUCGAUGGACAUGUGGAGAACUAUGUACGAAAGCCACCAAAUUCAAACCCAAAUAGUAAAAAACCUUAAAAAUCUCAACAUCAACACUAUUGUUCCAUCAACCGACUCAACUUCCGAAAUCCACCAGCAAUCGACACUCCACCUUGAACAAGAACUACACCAAUGGCACAUUUCCUUCAACAACUUAGUGAAUUCCCAACGCGACUACAUUCAAGCUCUAGCAGGCUGGCUAAGACUCAGUCUCUUCCCAUUGUCCAAAACAGGUCAAGACUCCUCAAUCUACUCACUUUGCGAGGAAUUGCAUCUCGCAAUUAACCGUGUACCCGAUAAGGUCGCUUCUGAAGGGAUUAAAAGCUUGUUAAAUGUAAUCCGCGAUGUUGUUGUUCAACAAGGGGAAGAACUAAAACAGAGAAAAAGAUCUGAAUUGGUAGAUAAACAUUUGGAGAAGAAAUUGGCUGAUCUUAAAAUAAUGGAGGAAUCGAAGAAAAAGGACCGGGUUUCGAUAAAGCAAGAAAAGGUUGGGGCUUGGAAGGCGAAAGCGGAUGAAGAGAGGAUUAGACAUGAAAGGUUAGUUGGGGUGACAAGGGCAACUACGGUUAAUAACUUGCAGAUGGGGUUGCCACAAGUGUUUGAGGCGAUGAUGGGGUUCUCUAAUGUAUGUAUUCAUGUUUAUGAAUCGGUUUAUAAUCGGGCCAAAAUUACUCUUGAUGGCAAUGAAGUAAAGAAGUUGUAACUCAUGUGAAGAGAUGAAGAAGAUUGGGUUGAGAUAGAAAGCUUGAUUGAUGAAAGGUGGUUUGAUUAUUCUUCUUUUAUUUUAUUUUAAAUAUUGUUACAUCUUUAUUUGUUGUAAGUUUUGAUUGGGGGUGCUUUUAAACUUCAAUUCUGUUAUUGGGAAUAUGAAAUUAUGUAUAAGGUUUCUUCUCACCAUGGAUAAUCAAGAACUUCUUUGAAAAAAUGUAUUAGA